GAAAGUCGCACCAGUUACUACCUGUCGCGUCGUUUCUUCCCUUCGCUUGGAGUGCGCUCGAGAAAGUCGCACCGGCAGCUCAAGUCUACCUGCGAUGAAGGUAAAUCAAGGUAAACGCAGUCGCAGACCCACUCGUCGAGGUGGUGUUAAGCAACGAGCUAGGGCACUAAUCAAACGCCAGAUCCAAUUGGUCCAAAAGGAGCUAGAGACGCGAUUUCCACCAUCCGGUCCGUCAAGUCAUCCGGGCGAACCGUGUUAUUCACCCGUGUCAGAAGCUUCGACCAUUUGCCUGGGUCCUCGCUCACCGCAGCUCAUCGAUUUAACCGAAGAACCAGAACUAGAAUCAGUUAACGUAGCAGAAACCAACGAGAUUCCAGCCGAGAUCCUUGCUAUUAUAUUCAAUCUACAAGAAUAAAACAUUUAUACCCUCCUAUCCUGGAGCCUUUUCAUUUCAUUCAAUCGCCCUUACCGAAUCGGGAACCCUGUAGGGACGUGUAUUCGUCCGCCAGGCUACUUCGACGAUUCGGCGGACCCACCUUAAACAAAUAUCCCUCCUAUUAAUUCACGAAAAUUUAACACGAGUAUAUUACCUACUCUCUUCCCACGGCGCGUGCGUCCGAACCGCUCCGGAUCCGCGUUC